GGGGCUGCUCAGGCUGACGCUGACGUCCGUCGUUCCAAACGCGGCGUUUCUUCUUCAACUCAAAGACCUCCCUGGACGCUCGAUUGUGAAACAUUCAGGACAGAAAAGUUGCCUCAGAUUUUGUAUUUUAAUCUUAGCUUCAUAACAUUUCAAAAUGAGAAAUCGGAUUCUUCUUAUAACAUCUGAGAAUAGCAGCAACCAAUCAUACUGCAGCAUUUUACUCUACUAUAUCAGUAAAUCUUGACAUUGCUAUUUUUGGAAACUGUUCCUAAAUUGACCUGAUUUCAAAUAAGCUGAGAUUUUCUUGAAUGAAGCUUUUCAACGCCAGAUCUUCUCCAGUCAGUGAGUGCCAAAAAAACAAAUCCGGUGCGUCAUCCGAGCCGUUCCAGGCUUCUCCUGCUGUCCAGAUUCAGACCAAAACCUGGUCUGGUUCCACCUCAGUCACUGAAACAUGAACAAAAAGGGAAACCUUCCAGCGCCGAACAUUUUCUUCUUCUGAAAUUCAUCUUUGAACCCUAAAAGCUGUUUUCUAAAUCAGCUGUUUUCCUGCAACAGUUUACAGGUGCAGAUUAGUUUGGACCUUAAUGGGCUAAACUUGGAAUAAUCCCACUUUAAGACCAGCAGGGUCAUCAUUUAAUCCCUAUAGGAGCAGACGGUGACGCCUGGCGCAGGUGUUUGCAGGUCCAGAGGGACUAAACGCGUCUCAGGAGGAGAAACGGCCUCACAGAUCAAAGACCGAGUCCAGAACCGACGUGCGACUCCGGAGAUCUUCUGAAGAAUGGAUUCCUUCAUGUCGCUGGGAUCCCCCCUGAAGCAGUUCACCAGCUGCAUGUCGGGGAAGAGCGCCUCCGCCAAGAGAGGAGCCGGUCGGAGCCAGUCGGUGCGCCGAAGCAGCUUCAGCCGCAGGAAGAGCGUCGGCAGGAGGAGGAGCCUCCCCAGCAGCAGCCAGAAAGUCCCGGACUCCUGGCUGCGCGUUUACCAGGAAGACCUGAAGAAAGAACGGAAACGUCAGCAGGCCGAUCUGGCCAAGAGGAACGCCGAGAGGAGCGUGAGGAAGACUCACUUCAGAAGCCACCACUGCCUCCCCAAGCACACGCCGUCUGCCAGGAAGCCGGCGGCCGCGAAGGACAAGUCCUUCUUCGGAGCCUUUCAGGGCCUCAGUCUGGACGGGCUGACAGGGGGAACCGGAGGUCCCGGCGCCAGUGGCUCUGCUGCAGGAGAUCCGUGCAAAGUCAUGUGACCUGGGGGUCGUCUGAGGACAAGAACUCCUGCUGCUGACGUUUCACAUCCAGUUUGAGUUGCCAAACCGUCCUGUUUCAGGGAUUUAGACGCUGCAGAUAUGUUUGUCUGACAGUCAUUGUAAACAUUCAAGCUUCACUUUGUUACGUUUGCUGAACUCUCGAGGACAUAAAGAAACUUUAAGAUGACGUUUUAUUCAAAUAAAAAAAAACAUUUUUCUUCA